GGCAACGCUGCCAGCUUCGCCAGGACCCCGCCCCGCGGGCGGCUGAGGGGCUGCCUGAAGCCCGGCCUCGCCGCUCCCGCCUCAGGCGCCCGCCGCGGACAACCCCGCCGUCCGCCCGGGCCCUGUCGGCGCGCGGCGGCGGGGCGGGGCCUGCCUUAAAGGCGCCGCGCGUCGGAAAUGGCGGCGCGGUGGCUGUGGCUGCUGGCGCUCUGCACCGGGCCCGCCGCCGCCCCGCCGCCCCCCGACGCCGAGGUGACGUUCGUCCUGCCCGCCGGCCGCCGGGAAUGCUUCUACCAGGGCGCGCCCGGGAACGCCUCCCUGGAGGCCGAGUACCAGGUGAUCGGUGGGGCCGGGCUGGAUGUCGACUUUUCCCUGGAGAGUCCCUCGGGGCUGCUGCUGGUCAGCGAGUCCCGCCGCUCCGACGGGGCGCACACCGUGGAGCCCACCGAGGCCGGCGACUACAAGCUCUGCUUCGACAACUCCUUCAGCACCAUCUCGGAGAAGCUGGUGUUCUUCGAGCUCAUCUUCGACAGCGCCCAGGAGGAGGAGGAGGAAGAGGAGGAGGAGGAGGAAGGCGACGGCUGGGUGGAGGCGGCGGAGCCCGAGGACACGCUGGACGUCAAAAUCGAGGACAUCAAGGUGCGGAUGAGGUUCGACGAGGCCGAGCGUGAGGUCCUGCGGCUGGGCCGGUAUCCUUACCGGCCGGGGAUGAAGGCAUCGGAGCCACCCCGUGGAGGAGGAAGAGCCGGACACGAGCCGGCGACGCGUGCCGGUAGCCUGGGAAUCCAACCGCCUCCCGGGCGGCAUCACCGGCAGCGUGGCCGGCAGGGCAAGGGAGGGGAUUCUGCCCCUCGAGUCCAGCGAGACCCCCCCGGCAGUCCUGCGUUUGGAUUCAGCAGCAUUGGGUUGACGGUCGGACUCGAUGAUCUUAAAAGUCUUUUCCAACCUAAAUUAUUCCGUAAUUCUGCUCCCAGCUCUGGGGUGCUCAGCAGAGGAAGGAGAGGGACCUGCGGGAGCGGGUCCGGAGGAGCCCGCGGAGCUGAUCCGAGGGCUGGAAGAGUUGGGGGUGUUCAGCCCGGAGGGGAGAAGGCUCCGGGAAGACCUUCUUGCACCUCGCGGUGCUGCCCAGAAAGACGGGGACAGACUCUUUCGGCGGGCCGGCAGCGCCGGGACAAGGGGGAAGGGUUUUCGGCUAAAAGAGGGGCGAUUCGGCCCGGCUCUAGGGAGGAAAUUCUUCCCGCCGAGGGGGGUGAGGCCCUGGCAGAGGCUGCCCAGGGAGGGGGUCGAUGCCCCGUCCGUCCCUGGGACCCUUCGGGGCCGGGCUGGCCGGGGCUCUGAGCACCCUGACCUCGGUGAAGACGGCCCCGCUCGUGGCAGGGGGGGUUGGACGGGCUGAGCUCCAAGCGUCCCUUCCCACCCAAACCGUCCCGGGAUUCCCUGAGGAGGCAGCGGAGAUCGGCACGUCCGACCGGUGCCUCCCUUUCCGU